CUCCCAGGGUGCCGCGCGGCAGCCAUGGCGGCGCUGCUGGGCCGGGCCGCGGCGCUGCUCGGCGGGGCCCAGCGGCUCCUCAGGGUCGGCGGGUCGGUGGAGCGGUGCGCGUGCAGCGGGGUCAGCGCGGAGCAGCGUCCCAAGAGGCCUCUGACCGCCUAUUUCCGGUUCCUGAAGGAAAAGCAUUCCGCCUUCAGGCAAAACCAUCCAGAAAUGAGCAACACGGAGCUGGUGAAAAAAAUAGCAGGUGCUUGGAAGGAGUUGCCAGCCUCACAGAAGCAGGUUUAUGAGGAAGCCAGGAAGACAGACUGGCAAAGAUAUGAGCAGCAGUUGGCUGCAUACAAAGCACAGCUGACCCCAGCCCAGGCUGCAGCUUUGAGAGAAGAAAGGAGAAAAAGGCUGGCAAAAAGAAGAUCAUUCAGGGCAAAAAGAGAAUUGACUGUGCUUGGGAAGCCAAAAAGACCUCGGAGCGGCUUUAACAUUUUUGUGUCAGAAAACUUUCAAGCAAGUGAGGGGAUAUCCCCUGUGGCAAAGCUGAAGCAGUUAUUUGGUGCGUGGCAAAAAAUGUCCAGUCCUCAAAAGCAGCCCUACCUGCAGCUGGCUGAAGACGAUAAGGUUCGGUAUGAAAACGAAAUCAAGUCGUGGGAAGCAAAAAUGGUUGAACUGGGACGUGAAGACCUGGUACGUUCGAAAGAGCAGAAGCCCAAAAAGCAACCUGCUGAACCUGCCAAGAAAGCUGGAACUGCAAAGAGAGAUGGCACUGCCAAGAAAGCUGGAACAGCCAAAGGUUCCUCCCGAGAAAGCAAGGCAAAACCAAAAGCGAAAAAACCAGAGGAAUAAAACGGUGAAGUAUUUUUACCUUUCCUGCCCUUUGGUGGUCAUGUCUUGGUCCUGCUGUGCUGAUGCUGCAGUCAGCGUCGGCACUGAAAUUUGGAGAGCCCUGUGAGGGCCCUUUGGAGGUGUAGAAGGAGGUGAAUGAGGUAAGAGAGGGUUUGGUGCCUCUCGGAGCGGACUGAAAUAAUCAUUGCAGGUGUAGCCUGAACUGUCUAAUAACUGGUUAAUCAAGCUGUGAAUAAUGACACUGACAUCAGCAGAGCUCUGCAAUCAUGGUAGGUAACAGCUGGCUUGUCUAAGGUGUUUUUUUUUUGAUGAAAGCAAGAAUAUUCUGCUGUUGCCAUCUAAAUUCUGUAAGCAAGAGCUGAAAUCUGGGCGGGUGCUGCUGCGUUUUAUUCCCUCCACGGUGUUGGCAGUGACACGUUCUACAUUUCAGCAGGAGGCACAGGCGAGAUGUCAGAUACCAACUUGUACUUUACGCAUCUUUUUUGUACCUACCCACCUGUGUAUUCCACUUGUGCUGCAUUUAAUUAAAAGACCACACGAGUUUUGUA